AUGUUUAUUGUUUUGAUUUAUUUUAUUUUAUGUUUGUCAUUUUCUGAUAAUAAAAUUAUAAGGAAUGAAAAAAUAGGAGUUAAUGGCUAUAUUAAUAAUGUAAAGAUAAAUACUAUUAACUGGAGCAAAAAAUUAUAUAACAAUAAAAAUUUUAAAAGAAAUAUCAGAAUUAUAUAUGAAGAUUUAAAAUCAUUAAAUGAAAGAGAAAAUAAAAUAAAUUAUUUAAUAAAAAGAAAUAUAGAAACAUGUAAAAAUAACUAUUUUCCUUUAAUUAAAAAGAAAUUUACAAAUAAAGAUAUAAGUGAUUUUACAAAAGAAAAAAAGCAAUUUUUUAUCAAUAAAGUAAGAAAAAAUGUUUUUUAUAAAUAUGUAUAUAAUUGUAAUUCCAGUGUAUAUUUAGCAAUAGAUAUAAUAAGAAAAAUAAAAAAACAAAAUGAAAAACUAAAAAGAGAUAAAUGCUUCCCCAAUUUAGAAUUAAAUAAUGAAAAAAAAUAUGUAAACAAUAAGAGAAAAAAAACAACUUUAAAUAUUUUAAAGAGAAAGGAUGAUAUAGAUGAUAUAAUUAAAUAUAAUUUAAAAAAACGUAAAUACCUUAUAACAAUAGAUGGAUUUAGUGAUAAUUUAUUACUAUGUUGCUUUCUUCAUUCUUUAUUAAAAGGAUUACAACAAGUAAACUUAAACUUUUUUCUUAAGAUGGACAUUAAACAAAUAGCUAACCAUUUAAAAAAUUUAUUUACGAUUCAUUUUAAUAUCGAACAUAUAAUAAAUUAUAUAUAUGAGUAUAUAAAGAAUUUCAUUUUGAAGGAAGAUAUUAAAAAUAAUAAACGUAAAAUUAAAAAUAAAGAAAAAGUGUCUUUUAAGUUAAAUGAAAGUAUGUUAGAUUCUAAAAACUCAAUUGAAGAUAAAAAGAUAAUUUUAAAUCCAGAUGAAAAUUCUAUGAAAAUAUAUCCCUACCCACGAGUGGCACAUAUGUUGAGUGGAGGAAUUGAUUCUUUAAUGGCUUUAUUUCUAUUAGAAAAAAAAAAAUAUUACAUUGAUAAUUUUUUUUUUAAUUUUAAUAACUAUAACUGUAGUAAAAAUGAUUUGAAAUAUGUAAAACGCAUUUGCAAAAAAAGAAGAAAUUUAUAUAUUAUAAAUAUUAAUGAUGAAUAUUUUAAAAGAGUUCUUGUUCCAAUGCUAAAAAAUUAUUCGAAAGGAGAAAUUCCUAAUCCAGAUAUCAUUUGUAAUAAAAAAAUAAAAUAUAGUUUUUUUUUAAAGAUUAUUAAAAGUUUAUAUAAAAAAAAAAAUAAUGUUUUUAAUUAUUCUUAUAUAUCUACUGGACAUUAUGCUAUGAUAAGCACUAAUGAUACACAUAAUGCCAAUAAUUUUUUUAAUAACAAUUUUCCAUAUUUAUAUGAAAAAAAUGAAAAGGAACACAUAGGGAAAAAAAAAUAUAAGUUACUUGUUAGUAGUGAUAGAAAAAAAGAUCAAACUUUUUUUUUAUCAUCAUUUUCUGAAAAUCAGUUAUCAAAAUUUAUUUUUCCUUUAUGUUUACAUACAAAAGAAAAUAUUAAAAAUUUUAUGAAAAAAGAAAAUAUUGAUUACUAUAAUAAAAAUGAAACAAAAGGUUUAUGUUUAUACGGAAAUGUUAAUAUGCAUUUGUUAUUAAAGGCAUAUUUAAAAAAUGAUAAAGAUAUAAAAAAUGAAAAUAUCUCAGAGAAAUCAUCUAGUGAAUUAAAUACGAAUGAUUUAUUAACUUUUAAGGAAAAAUAUAUUUCAUCAUUUAAUUUGAAUUAUAUUAACUAUAUUAUAAGUAUCGAUGAUGAGAUUGUGAUAGAUAAAAAUUAUGACAUUCAUUUUUAUGCGAUUGGGCAAAAUAAAUAUAUAACGAAUUUUAUUCAUUCUCUUUAUAAUAAAAGGAUAAAAAAAAAUUGUAAAAAUCUUUUCUCUUCAUGCCAAUGGAUAGUUGCUUAUAAAAAAAUGAUAGAAAACAAAGAUAAAAAUUUAAGAGAAAAUUUUAUAUAUGUAACGAAAAAAUAUAAAGAUGAUUUAUUUAAAAAUAUAAGAACAAAAUGUAAAUUAAAGAAUAUAAAAUGGAUAGAAGGGAAAGUUCCUAUAUGUUUAAAAAAACAAAAAAGAUCUAAAGAUGAAAAAAUCAUAUUUGUUAAAAUUAGAAAUAAUGAGAAUAUAAAAAGGGCGAAAAUAAAAUUUCUUUUAAAUAAUACUGCAUAUUUAAAAUUACAAAAAGAAGAUAUAGGAUUAUCACCAGGACAAAUCAUCUCAUUUUAUUUUCCCUUCAUUUUAAAAAAUAGAAAGAUAAAAUAUAUUUAUUCUUUAAAUAAAUAUCAAAGUAAUUUAAUUUAUUAUCAAUGUAUUGGAUCAUCUAAGAUUAGUAAUCAAUUUCUUGAUUUUAAAUUAUAUCAGAAAAUAUUAAAUAUUCAUAAAAAUAAUAGUUUGAUAAUUUUUUAA